AUGUCAGUAACUUCAAAAAAAAUAUCACGGUUAGAAAAAGAAGCAUUUUUACGCGCAAAAGACUUCGAAUAUAAACGUGAACAAACAUCGCAUUUAUUAACAAAUUCAUGUCAAGAUGAAGAAGAAUUUGAAAAUGAUCGCCAUCGACGCCAUGCAAAGAUGAGACAAACACGUCAAAUACAACGAGAAAUAGACUAUCAAGUAGGAAUGAUAGACAAAAUAAACGACCGAAGACAACAAGAAUUACAAAAAAAGAACAAAACAACUCCAACAACAACAACAAGUAGUACUGUUACAUCUAUAUCAUCACCAACCUCAGCAACAUCAUCGGUAACCAAUGGAGCAAAUCGUGUUGGAGGAGCCACAGAAAAAUACACCAGUAGCCAACGUGCGAGUGGCAGCAAAUUUUAA